AUGGUAGACAUAGUCUUCUCCAGCGGCACUAGUGUUACAAUGCUUAACGUUCUCCUUGGUGAGGAGAGAAGAAUCCCCUAUGCACCCUGCAUGAUACAGUGCUUCUUAUUUCAUUUUGGAAGUUCUAUGGAACCCUUCGCUAUUGCUCUGAUGGCUUAUGAUCGCCUUAUUGCAAUUUCAUAUCCUCUUCGAUAUCACACUAUCUUAACUAAUACAAAUGUAUGUUUACUUAUAUUAGCCAAUUGGGCAGUAGGCUGCAUGCUUGCCAGUUUGUUGACUGGCUUGGUGAACAAUCUGCCCUUCUGUGGCUCAAAUAAACUCCCAUACAGCUUUUGUGAAUAUGCAGCAUUAGUAAGAGCAUUGUGUGAAUCUUUCAUAUUAUUUCAAUGCAAUUUCUGCUUUGGGACUGCCAUAUUAUGGGUUAAUUUAGCCUUGAUAAUCGUCUCAUACAUGAAGAUAGUUUAUGCAGUGAUACAAAUGUCUUCAUCCAAAGACAGGAGGAAAACAUUUAACACCUGUGUCUCCCACAUGAUAGUGGUGGCUUGCUUCUUUAUCCCCAAGGUGUUGUUAAUAUUGGUCACCAGGGUUGGUUUGGUUCUCACGCUCUCUCAUAGAAAUGGCCUAGUCAUUGGCUCUUCUCUGGGCCCCUCUCUUGUGAACCCACUUGUUAAUACCGGCAUUAGAUUCAGCACUGAUUUACAUUUUGUUAUUAUCAUGUUGUAUAGCCUGCUCCCUCCUAUGAUCAAUCUACUGAUAUACUGUUUCAAGACAAAAGAUAUAAAACAGAGCUUGAUGAAAAGAUUCAAAAGAUGA